AUGAACCCGGCUAAUGGCAUUCUUAGACAUUUCUCGACGCAUUUGCAGAAUACCAAAUCCGAUUGGGUCAGCCUGCCCCUUGUCGAGGGUGUCGGUAUUGCCUUCGAUCGCGGCAUCGUCGAACACUUGCAAGGCACCGUGGGUGCCAGCAUUAAUGAAGAUCAACUUUUCACUCUGAUCCACGGGGCCAUCAUUGGACCUUCUUCUGGACUCAAUGCCCAUGGAAGAGGGCUUUCUUGCACGCUCGCGUCCAAGGCGGAGGCAGACGACUUGCCGUGGGAGAACAUAAGUCCAUUGUCUGUCAUAGGGCGUCAACGAAAUAGUGCCGGCAGUGUCGAUCCCUCUUCCAACGAAAGCAAAAAGCUCCAAGGUAACCUACAGAAUGCAUCUCCUGGGCUACUCUUAGAGGCCUUGGGCGACAAGAUAUCGUCGAUUACGAGGAUCGAUAGGGAUGAGAUUACGGCCGACAGAAGUCUACUUGACUACGGACUCGAUAGCCUGUUCUCCCUGGAGCUUCGGAAUUGGAUCAGACGGCAGUUGAACGUUGACAUGGCGCUCAAAGACAUUACUGCUGCCCCUAAUUUGAAAACUUUGGUCCAGCGGAUUACUCCUCGCAUGGCAUCCGUCUCGGCUGCUCCACAGACUCAACCCCUUACGAAGGCCGCUGCUGAAAGUGGUUCGACGCCAAUUUCUUCCAGUCAUUCGCCCGAAAAUGCGGUUUUACCACGACUCCCACUCUCUCCCUUACUUGGUCUUCAAUCUGACGACGAGCGAGACAGCAUAGAGGAGCAGCUCCAGGCUAUCGGGAUUGAUUCAUCUAAUGUGGAGCUAGUGUUGCCUUGUGCACCCGUACAAGAGGGUGUACUUUUCGCUCAAUUUAAGGGUCAGGCACGUCAAUACUUUGACUAUAGGCCUAUGAAAAUUAGAGUCCAAGAUGACACCGGUCAGGUCGAUGUUGACCAGGUCGAAACAUAA